UUCUUGUGUUAGCAUCCAAGAGAGGCCAAAACCACUGGUAGAACUAAUAGCAAUGGCGAAACUCCGGAGCAUGUUCUUGGUCCUUGCUUUCGUAGUAGCCAUGUCCAUCGAGGGUACCCAAGCUGCCUGCGACGACAACCUCUCAGACCUAAUUAAAGAAUGCCAGCAAUACGUGAUGCCACCUAAGGACCCAAAGAUCCCUCCUUCAGAUAGCUGCUGCCGUGUGGUCCAAAAGGCGGAUUUUCCAUGCCUGUGCUCCAAGGUCACCAAGAUCAUCGAGGGGAUUGUGUGCAUGGAGAAGGCUGUGUAUGUUGCCGAAAAAUGCGGGAGGCAAGUUCCGCAUGGCUUCAAGUGCGGGAGCUACACAGUUCCAGCAAAAUGAAUAGACACAAAAAGAGGGGAGGUGCUGGAUGUAGUCCUUAGAUCUCAACUGCCUAGCUGAUUUACCUUCUGGAAAAGUGUGGCUUAUGAGGUUGCGUUGAGACAUUGUAAGGUUCGAGAGAGAGAUAAUGAUGUAUCGAAAAUAAAUUGAUGAGCUAACAAAGGCUUCCCUUCAAAUUU